CCCUUUCAGUUCACAUCACAGCACCCCUCAAAGGAAAAUAGCAUCGUUUCUCUCUUUACGAAUUCAAAGCUCAUACCAUGGCCAAAUCAACUUCUUCACUUGUUUUUCUUUUCAUUUUUCCUCUGCUCCUCUCAUGCAACAACUUGGGAAGGAAUGUGAAGUUUGCUUAUGGAUUGGAAGCCCAGAAGAGUUGGUGUGUGGCAAAACCUUCAUCGAGUGAUUCAACACUGGAGAACAACAUUCAGUAUGCUUGCAGCAUCUUGGGUGAUUGCAAGAUGAUCCAGCCAGGUGGAUCCUGCUUCGACCCCAACAAUCUGUUGAACCAUGCUUCUGUUGUCAUGAAUCAGUACUAUGCAUUCAGCGGUGGAAAUGGUUGGAACUGUUACUUCGCAGGAUCAGGUCUCAUAGCUGUCAGUGACCCAAGUUACGAUAACUGCAAGUAUGCUUAGAGGGAAUAAACCUAAAGAAGUUAUAUAUAUUUUUACUCCAUAGGCUAUGUUUGAUUUCAGAAGUUUAUUAUAGUGUAGGUACUGUAAUGAAUAGGAAGUUCAUUAUUCAGUACUCUGAUCUUUCUAUUUCACUAAGUUAUGUUUAGUUUUUGUGUGUAUUUGGUUGCUUAAUGAAAAAUACAAUGAUUCAGUUAUGAGGUUA